CCUCCUCAAACACUGAAUUCUCCUUUCCGUUCACAUUAUCAUUAUUCUUUCCUCCAUUAUUUAGAUUUUAGACCAUAUUAGUUCUUAAUAAUCUUGAAGCGAUUCAUGGCACCAUAGUACGAAGCUUCUCUUUUCUUUCUCUGCAUUAAAAACCCACUCCCCUCUUCUUCUUUUUCUCCUCCUCCUCCUCCUCCUUCCUUAGCUUUCUCAGAAAGGAAAUGGCCGAACAGGCGGCGACGGCGAAUGUAACGACUCUCGAAAGGACCCCGACAUGGGCAGUCGCAACCGUCUGUUUUCUCUUGAUUCUCAUAUCCAUUUGCACCGAAUAUUUGCUCCACUUCCUCGUCCGACGGUUUUUCGGCAAGAAUAGAAGGAAAUCCCUCAGGCCGGCUCUCCACAACAUCAAAUCUGAACUGAUGAUUUUGGGAUUCGUGUCGCUGUUACUGUCGGUGAGCGAGAGCCCAGUUACUAAGAUUUGCAUAUCGAAAAGUCUGAAUGAAAGGCUUCUGCCGUGCAAGACGAUGAACAAUUCAGAGAGUAUCGUGGAGGAAUCCAAGUGUGGUGCUGAGGGGAAAGUUUCGUUGGUGUCUAGCGAUGGUGUGGGACAGGUGAAAUACUUGAUCAUUUGUCUAGCUUUCCUACACAUCUUCUCCAGUCUCCUCACAUUCAGUCUUGGAAUGGCUAAGAUGAGGAGAUGGCAGUCUUGGGAAGCAAAAACCAAAACGUUAGAGUAUCAGUUUACAACCGAUCCCAGAAGAUUUCAGUUCGCUCGUCAAACAUCGUUUGGGAAGAGGCAUUUGAAAUUCUGGAGCGACCACCACUUUCUCCGGUGGCCGGCUUGUUUUCUUAGACAAUUUUACGAAUCCGUCUCCGCAGCCGAUUACUUCACUCUCAGACAUGGUUUCAUCGUGGCCCAUAUUGCAGAGGGAAGCAGCUUUGACUUCCAAAAGUACGUCAGAAGAGCUCUAGAUCAAGAUUUCAGUGUGGUUGUGGGAAUCAGUUGGUGGGUUUGGAUAUUCUCUGUUCUCUUCAUAUUCUUCAAUGCACAUGUAUUUCACAGCUACCUAUGGCUUCCCUUUAUCCCAUUAAUAAUGCUUUUGUCGGUCGGGACAAAGCUACAAGGGAUUAUGACAGAGAUGUUCAUAGACAGCCACGAGAAGUCCAAUGUGGUCCGAGGAACUUUGCUUGUUAGGCCCAGUGACCAUUACUUCUGGUUGGGCCGACCCAAGUUGCUUCUCUAUUUCAUACACUUCAUUUUCUUCCAGAAUUCUUUCCAGUUGGCAUUCUUUUCGUGGACGUGGAUGAAAUUUGGGCUGAGAUCGUGUUUCCAAAGAGAUAUUGCAGAUUUGGUAAUAGGAGUUGUGGUGGGUGUGAUUGUGCAGCUCCUCUGUGGCUAUGUCACUUUGCCUCUCUAUGCUUUGGUCGCUCAGAUGGGGAGUUCGAUGAGGAAGGCGGUGUUCACGGAGGCGGUGAUGGAAGGUCUGAGAAAAUGGAGAGGCAGAGCGAAGAAACGGAUAUCUCGAAGAAGUCGAAACUGCCGCCACGGCGGCGACUACAACUCGCCGCGGCGGACUUUGGUGGAUGCGGGCGUUGACUCGCCGCCUUCUUUCAGACUGGAGACAGCGCCGCCGCCGUCUGUGGAUUCUGGUGGCGCCCAAAAUGAUAAUGCUUGGUCUUCGUCUUCGGCUGCUGUUUCUAUAAAAGGCAAAGGCAAACGACCACUUGAAUUUGAAAUUGAAGAAGAACCCAAUGACCAUAAUAAUCACAAGGUCAGCUCAUUCGAUGGCUUUGAUUGGGCUGCCAAAAUUCACCCUAAUUUUUCAAUUCAUGCAAUGUGACCAUGAUAUAAAAUAAAAUAUUAUAUUCUAUGGAAUGAAUAUAAUAUAAAAUAUUACUUAUUUUCUUACCAAUGUACAUUGUACGCUUCACGACGAAUAAAAUUUGGUCACUUGUAUUCUCUA